AUGACAGCCGGGAAAUCUAUCGGCGUUCUGAGUUUACAAGGCGCUUUUAUAGAACAUAUACACAGACUCAAGCAGUUAACAGACGCCACCGUUCUGCAAGUCAAAACUCCGGAAGAUUUAGAAAAGUGUCAUGCAUUAAUCAUUCCUGGUGGUGAAUCAACUACAAUUUCACUUGUGGCACAAAGAAGUGGUCUUUUAGAGCCCCUUAGAGCAUUCUGUAAUAACCCAAAUAAAGCCGUUUGGGGUACAUGUGCCGGUAUGAUUUUACUCUCAAAGGAAGCAACGAAGACAAUGAGAGGUGGUCAAGAGCUAUUCGGUGGCAUGGAUAUCACAGUAAACAGAAACCAAUACGGUAGCCAGAUUGAAUCUUUUCAAGCAGAUUUACAGUUCAACUGUCUGUCUACGGAUGAAAGUUUUAAUGCAAUCUUCAUCAGAGCGCCUAUUUUACACUCAUAUGAUCAAGACAAAGGAAUUAUAGAAUUAGCUAGUUUAAUAGAUAACCCAAUAGACGACAAACUUGCACCAAAAGGAAAUGUUGUGGCUUUACGUCAAUUCAACAAAAUGUGUACAAGUUUCCACCCAGAAUUAACACAAGACAAGAGAUUACACGAGUACUUUUUGAAGGAAAUUGUAUUCAAGUUAUGA